CUCAACCGUGUAACUGUUCUUAUUUCGAUGCAUUUACAACUAGUAUGAUUUCGUCUCUUAGAAGGUCAAGAUGUUUGUCGGACAAACGGUGUUUCUAUUACUUGUGCUUCAGUUUUUACUUCUACCAAAUUAUGCCAAAUCGGGAUAUAACAAUCGACUAUGGUUCCCGACUUGCCAUCCGGAGGAGAAGUGCGUUCCUUUAGGCUCUUGCCCAUUUCUGCUUAGGAAAACGUUGCAGAAACGAAUGCCCCAGGACGAUAAGAAUUUAUUGAGAAGCAAGCAAUGCAACUAUCGUGAAGCUUCUUCACCAACCCAAGCAUAUUUUGUGUGCUGCCAGGUGCUGCCGAAGUCCUGCGGCCAACUUCCACUCGAUUUCAGAGUUAUUGGCGAUAUAGCGCAACUUAACGGUUUUCCCUGGAUGGCCAUGCUUCUAUACCAACAUCCCUGGGACCAGGACAGACGCUAUACCCAAGAGUGUGCAGGAUCCCUGAUCAAUAAGCGGUAUGUCGUGACCGCAGCCCACUGCAUAAAUCCUGGGAGCCUUCUUUUAAAGAUGGUGCGCCUGGGCGAGCACAAUAUUUCGACUGCUAUAGACUGUGUACACAACGAAUGUGCCCCACCACAUCUGGAUAUCCCCAUCGAAGAGAAAAUCAUCCAUGAGGGCUAUGACCGCCAUAGCCUUCGCAACGACAUCGCCUUGCUGCGACUCAAAAAACCAGUAGACUAUUCGAAUGCCAUCAAACCCAUUUGCGUCAUACCCAGCUAUGACUUCAGAAACCAUUUUUUCAUCAACGAGUCUAUGACAGUGGCCGGCUGGGGGGUUACGCAAAAGGGUCGUCGUAGUGACGUGUUGAGGACGACUACCGUAAAGGGAAGAGACUCAACAAAAUGCACACAGACAUUCAGAGAGUCCAGCCUUUGUGCACUUUCAACUGAUGGAUCAGAUAGCACAAACGGCGACUCCGGCGGUCCUCUAAUGGCCAGAAUGGGAAAUGCAAUUAAUGAAUUUGUGUAUUUAGCCGGGAUUACCUCAUAUGGUAGCAAGUUUUUUGGUGUGGUCGGUUCUUCGUACACAAGAACUGAAUACUUCAUCGAUUGGAUAAAGGAGAAGUUAAUACCUUCGUCACAAGAUGAGUUUUAAUAACUCCAAGAUCAAUAAAUAAAAAAAAAAAAAAAAUGGAAGCUAGCUUCGGCAAGCCGAAGCUUAUAUACCCUUGCAGUC